UCGGUUGGCACAACACACACCGUGAAGGCGCUUUUUUGACGCGUUUUGUUUCCAGUCUGUUUGAUACAGUCCUUUUCUUUCGCUUUCUUCUCCUCCCUCAUUCUCUCUCUAUCCUCUUCCACCUACUACUACUGCUAUUAUACCACUCAUUCCAACUACUGUACAUAUCUACUUAAUAUAUAAGAAAAACAACAACUCAUACGCAAUGUUCCAAAUCACACCGCAACUUUAUGACAAGAUCAAGCACUUUGCAAAGUUUCCACAAACUGGUGUUUCGCUUCGACAAAUGGUCAUGUUUGGCCAGCGACCCACCAAAGGCACUAUGUUUAAAGCAAGUCAGUUUCUUCAUGAGGAACUGCCAAUACGACUAGCACAUCGUGUCAAAGAGCUCGACGAGCUACCGGGACAUCUCAGCGAAAUGCCAUCGAUUGUCAGAGUUAAAAACUGGUAUGCACAAUCCUUCAAGGAACUACUCGAUUUACCACCUCCACAACUAUCCAGCAUCAUGAAAGAACGGAUCAAACAUGCAUCGCAAAAGAAUAACCUAAAAUCAUAUCCAGCUAGCGUUCCGAAUCCUGCAUUACGAUCAGCCCCGCCACCAGCACAUACCAACCUUCAUCCAGUCAUACCCAUUGGUCAUCGUUACUUCACCAAUGUCGAAGAAAUUGAAUGCUCUCCCGAAGUGCUGACAUAUACCGACAGCUUUGUCAAAGCGAUCGAAUCUAUCAAGACACGACAUGAUCCAGUGGUGACGACCGUGGCCCAAGGUGUGCUGGAAUACAAGGAGCAACGCAAGACGAACAGUAUAGAUACGGAUGUGCAACAGUUUUUGGACCGAUUCUACAUGUCGCGGAUUGGGAUCCGGAUGCUAAUAGGUCAGCACUCGGCUAUCUAUCGCGGACCACCACGAAACGACUAUGUGGGUGUGAUUUGCGUUGCAACCAACAUCAAGGAAAUUGUGCAGGAUGCUGUUGCAAAUGCACGAUAUAUCUGUGAAGAUCAUUAUGGACUCUUCAAGGCACCUGAAGUUGAAGUGUAUUGUCCUGGUGAUAUCCAGUUUAUGUAUGUCCCCUCGCAUCUAAAUCACAUGAUCUUUGAAUUACUCAAGAACUCGCUCCGUGCGGUCGUCGAGAAUUUUGGCGUUGAUUACGAGGACGAGUAUCCACCGGUCAAAGUCUCCAUUGCUCAUGGCAAAGAGGAUAUCACUAUAAAAAUUUCGGAUGAAGGUGGCGGUGUGCCUCGAUCAGGAAUCCCACUCGUGUGGACUUAUAUGUAUACAACAGCACAAGCUCAAGAUCUAGAUCCAGAGUACAACAAGUCGGAUUUUAAGGCACCGAUGGCCGGGUUCGGUUAUGGCUUACCUAUUUCUCGUUUGGUAAAUAUAUAUAUGACGGAUAUUGGUGCACAAUAUGUAGACAUAAUGCAAAGAAAAAGUUAGUAGGGAAUGUGUGGGAAAAAAGCUAACCUGCUUAUGUUUCAUCAUUACCAUUAUCGUCAUCGUUGUAUAAUCACAGUAUGCGCGGUACUUUGGAGGGGAUCUAAAGCUUAUUUCUAUGGAAGGGUAAGAGAAAUUGGUUUCCAUGACGACAGUGUGCAUCAGCAGCUUAAGAGAACCUAACCAUAAUCUCGCCCUUGUCACCACUAUGUAGUUACGGCAUGGAUGCCUAUAUUCACCUAAACCGUCUUUCUAACAGUGACGAGCCACUGCUAUAAAAGCUUAUUCUAUGCAUCCUAUCUUCCAUCUCGCGCACACACAUACACACCUCUCUUCUAAUAAAUAUACAAACAGGGCUGCUGAUCUUGUAUACAUUUUUAAAACUCACACAAAUAUGUAUAUGUUGCACAUUGUCAUGCUGUACGAGCAUCGAAAUUGG